CUUGUAUCCUGAUGUUAUUUACAAAUAUCAUUGUGUUCAUCCACAACUAUUAUGAUGAAGUACACAUCAGCACUGGUUGCCAUUUUGGCUGUUCUCGGUAUGGGACUAGCUUAUCCGUCUCAAGAUUUCGGUACUGGUCCUCAGGAUUUGCCAGAUGAGUUGAUAGAUUUUGUAAAGCUUAUUCCAAUGGACGAAGUUAAAAAGAUAAUAACGGAAUAUGUAUAUCAAGAUACAAAAGUACAAAACGCUCUGUUUUAUAUACUUUCAUCUGACUUCCAUUCGAUUCUGCGUAAGAUCGAAGUUCUUAAAGAACAUCAAGCUCUAGUAGUAUAUUUGGAGAAUGCUGGAUUGCCUAUUAUCGAGAGUAUCAAUCAACUUCACCAAAUUAUUGGCAUGGAGGAUUAUGAGCCGCCUGAAAGAAAACUUUUCAAUUCUCCAUUGAAAAUCGGUGAUGGAGUGAAAGGGAUGCUCGAGGAUGUUUAUAGUGUAUUACCUAUUAGCGAGAUUGUCGAUCUUCACCAACAGAAGAUGCAAAAUUCCAAAGUUUACGCCGAUUUCUUCAAACAAAUGAGUUCUCAGCAAACGCAAAAAUUAAUCGACGACCUAUAUGCAAAUCAAACUUUUAAAAAUUCUGUCAUGACGACCAGAGAAAAUGGAUUGGAACUUCAGGGAGUGACACAACUUAUUGGUAGUAUAUUUGGUCUUUCUUUUCCGUACUAAAAUUUAAACAUGUAAUAUUUUAAACGAGUGCUUUUAACAUGUAUUUUUCUAUUUUAUGUUGUUAUAUACAUUGUUGUAAUACAUUGUUGUAAUAAUAAAACCAAAGAAUUCUUAAA